AUGGCACAGAUGGUUGAAUUGACGAGCCGUUGCCUUGCUUUGGCGGAAGGAGUGGUCACUAUGGUGUGCCCGGUGCUCCUGGCGCUGGCUAUCAAGAAGAUCAACUGGAAAGGCAAGGUGGAAGAGCCCGUUGUUCCAAUGGCUACGCUCCUCAUUGCCAGUGUGACUCUCAUCACGGGGAUCUACCCGUUGCUUGCAUGUUGUGUCUCGAAGUUUUUCCCGAAUAUGCCUAAAAGAUGCACCCAUGUUUCCAGCAGUGUGGCUGCACACUUGUCCUCUAUUUGCCUCAUCCUACUCGCCUGCUUUAUCUCGGGCAUAAUCUUGCCUCUGAAAUAUGUGGUCGCCAUCGGCGGGGCCGUCAUUCUAGUUGCCAUCGGGGUUCUCUUAAUCCUGCGCUCCUGUGCCAAUGCAUCGCAGCCGAACACGAUUACUCCAAGUCCCACGGGGGAAGCAGAGGAAGUAAACAAGGAGCUGGGCACCAAGGAAGCAGAGAGAAUAAACAAGGAAGCAGAGAGAAUAAGAAAGGAGGCAGAUGAGAGAAUAGAAAAGGAGGCAGAUGAGAGAAGAAAGGAGAUCCACGAUAUACUGGACAAGACACACGAGUUCAUGUCCGGUGUCACCGGAAUUCUGUUCCUGGGCUUGGAAGGUUUGGCACUGGAAGGUCUCAUCAGCACAUGCCAUGGGAUACCCGAUGCUGUCCGGAGACCAGUCAUGUUCAGCUUCAUCUUCUGCGCCAUCGGUGCGUCCCUAAUGUUCCUCACCAUGAUCUAUCCUCUUACGGUAACAACAGAAAAGGCAAGCAUUGUACGUAUGACCUUCGGCUUUGACCUUCUCAUGACUGGUGGUACCGUUGCAAUACUGACCAUCAUUAUGGAGAAACUCAUGGGACAUAAAGGGCUUCUGCUCUUAAGCUCCCCAGCCCUAAUCUUAUUUGACGUGGUGUACCGACUCGUCAUCAAACCGGGAGUCGCACUGGGUACACAGCAAUCACAAACGACUCUCCCAAUCUCCAACGGAUCCACGCCUUCUUCUCUGGGAUCCCCCCUCCGCCCCACCGGCGACAAGCAACAAGAUGCUAAAGCGGCGCCGCUUGGACUGACCAAGGUUACGUUUGCCGGGUUCUGGGCCAUGUCGGUGACAACCAUCAGCACUGGUUCCCCCAACCACUGGUUCCUGAUAUUUGCAGCGACAGCUAUUGCUUCUGGUCUCUUUUGGAGGCUCCUCACGCACAGCAAAAAUAAGGACAUGGUGGAAACUGCCAAUGCUGCUUCCUUCUUCACUCAUUUAUGCAUUGCAGUUGCUACGGUCCUAUUCACGGUAAUGGCAUGGGAGGCCGCCAAUAAAUUGCAAGUGAACACGUGUGCAAGCCGGCAGUGA